GAGCGCGCUGAUACAGUAUAGAUGAACCUGCUCGGCAUGGUACUACGCGUUGCCGUGGCAACAGUGUAAGGCCUUUCAACAAGUCGGGAGGGUCAGGAGAAAGACUCGCGAUAGUGAUGGGAUGGAGGGGGGGCUGGGGCCGUUUUUGAAGGUGAACUCUGUGUUUUUUUUCCUCCCUCCCUCUGAAUCAGCGCUGUGUUGGGCCCCGGCGCUGCUUGAUGAACGAUGACAUUAAAAACUUUUUUUUUUCUAUCUAGCCACUCUGCUCUGUGUCCAGAGCGGAGUGGCUGCCCGGGCUGGACUGGCUGACAGGAGCACAGGACGGUGGCUGCCGUGCGGUGAUGGGGACCAGGCCGAGCCCUUCGUCAGCUGCGAUGAGGCUCGUGUGUUUGUAUGUGCUGCUGCUGCGCGUCGUGACAGUCGACGUAUCUCUAAAUGUCUGGAUGUGGGAGAUCUUCACAGACGUUUGAGGCUACUAUGAAUCUUCUUGCUCCGACGCAGGCCUGGUGCUGAUGCACGGCCGCAUCAUAGGUGGCUACGCCGCUGUGCCCAACUCCAUCAGAUACAUUGUGUCCCUGCAGAGCACGAGGGGCCAGCACUUCUGUGGCGGGUCACUGGUUCACCGGUACUGGGUGCUGACCGCCGCCCACUGUAACAUCGGGCUGGAGCACAUGAUGAUCGUGGCCGGUGACUACACCGUCAACACCUUCGAGGGCACCGAGCAGUACGCCAAGCCCCACCGGCUGGUCACCCACCCUCUGUACAACCCGAGCACCAACAACGCGGACGUCAUGCUCAUUAAGCUGCGCGCCCCCAUGGUGCUGAACGGGUACGUGGCGCUGGCGCCGCUUCCCAGGCAGGGGACGGGCGUGGUCGAAGGCCGCGUGUGUCGGGUGUCUGGGUGGGGCCACAGCAGUCUGGGUGGAGGCCAGGCGCCCUUUACCCUGAGGACGGUGGCCGUUCCCAUUGUGUCGGCCGCGAGGUGCAACAGCAGCGAGUCCUUCGCCGGAAACAUCACCUCAAACAUGAUCUGCGCCGGUUACAGGACGGGUGGAAGGGAUGCGUGCAAGGUACACGGGGAGAUGCUAUCGCGCCUUGCAUUAGCGCCCCGGCCGUGUGAAUGCUACCGCUCCAAUCCGUUGAUCUUUGGAACGACAUCAGAUGCAUUUGGAAAUAAUAAUAAAUUCCCCACGGCACCGGCCUUUAUUCCCCGUCUAUAUCAAAUAGCGCAGGGUCCUCUUUCCAGCAGCUACAUUAGAGGAAAACAAUAAUGCAGUUUUGGGAAGUUGGUCCUGGUGGCAAUAUGAGGAUACAGUUCAUUAUGUCAGUGUUGAUUCAGCUACGAGCUUUUAUUAAGCAGACGCGUCAUCCGCCUUUAUAGGUUUGAAGAGAUAGUAAGAAACAGCAGCCACUUAAAGGAAUUAUUUGAGAAAUCCUCUAAAACAGGACACCAAACUUUAGAAAAGAAAGAAAAUAUGUCUUUGAAAAUAUGAAAGAUGCAACAUUGCGUUGUUGGAAUGACGGUGUGAAGAGCGUAGUCGCGGCACAUCUUGUCGCCUCCCGUCUGUUUGGCCACAGCUCUCGUCCGCAUCACACCUUGAAUUCUCACUGGCAACAGCAGCGGGGGAAGGACCGUCUGGUCCCUCUGCUCCGCGUGGCUGUGGACGUGUUCAUACAGAGCCCGCUGCUCGUUGCCUCCUCCAUCUGCCCACGUCGGUCCGCGCUGAUGCGCUGUGUGUGUGGGCCUGCUCUGUUGCAGGGGGACUCUGGCGGCCCCCUGGUGUGCGGGGGUCGCGUCUACGGGCUGGUCUCCUGGGGCAACGGCUGCGGGGACGCCAGGUUCCCGGGGGUCUACACGGCCGUGUCCAGGUUCCGCCGAUGGAUCGACCAAAUCAU